AUGUCAUUGCGGGGUGAUGUUCGUAGUGACGAUGCACAGUUUGCACUCGUCGCAGACGGCAAGGCCAAAAAGCGGGGGGAGUCAAUGACUACGGUCGUCGUGAAAAUUGCGACGGUCGCGACGCCACUCUUCGCGCCCGUGCGACGUAGCGGAACGUCGAGCUCGCCGUCCGCCAUGGGGUGGUACUAUACUCUGGCUUGGGCAUGUACGUUAUCCAAGACAGCCGUCAUCAGGAUAUUUUGGGGCCGCUACCAUCUUCCGUUCCGUGCUCAUCUUAACCCAGUGUCAUGCCAUGCUUGUGACGCCUUGCUCUUGGGCAUAACGGAGGGCCGCGUGACCCUGCGGAUGGCGACAUGCAUAGGAAAGACGGUGGAUCUUGUACCCGAGGUAUCGCGUCUCGCCACUAUGACUGCGACUUGCUGGAGACGCGAGGAACUGUCGUACACUGUCGUGCCCGGCAUCAAACUGUCUCUCGUCGACUCCUGCAGGACUGGCAUCACUCCUCAUUCAGAAAUGCAGUGA